AUGGCGGCGACUGCCGCCACCACGGCCGCCACCGCCGGCACGGCCGCCUGCAGCAGCAACAGCAGCAGCACCGGCACCGACGCCGCGGGCACCAGCAGAUUGCAGCAGCCGCCGCAGCAGCCCCAGCCCGCGGCCGCCCCGCCGGCCCAACCACCGCCGCCCGAGCCCCCCAGGAAGCCGCGCAUGGACCCGCGGCGCCGCCAGGCUGCCCUUUCCUUCCUCACCAACAUCUCGCUAGACGGACGGCCGCCGCUGCAAGACGAGGAGUGGGGCGGCGGCGAGGAGAGUGGCGCGGCCAAGCCCGGCGCCGGCAGCGCCUGCGGCGCGAGGACUCGGCUCAGCCUGCUCGCCGCCGCCGAGCGGGGCGGCUGCAACGCGCUCGCUGCAGCGGGCACGGCGGCGGCGGUAGCAGCUGGAUGGGGCCCCUGCCUCCCGCAGCCUUCGCCGCUGGCCCCCGGCGGCCACGCUUCGGGGUCCGGUCCCGGGGCGGCACGGGGCUUCGUGAGCCCUCUGGGCGCUGGCCGGGCGUCGGGGGAGCAGCUACAGCCGCCCCGGUCUGCGCCUUUCGUCUCCUGUGCUUCGCCGCAGCUGCCCGACGGGCCCAGGGACGGCGGGCAGGAGGAGUUGGAGGAGGACGAUGCCUUUUCCAGCGUGCAGGUGCCGACGGCCGCCUUCUUGGCCUCCGGGACCCCCGGGAGUGGGAGCGGCAGUCGAGGUCGCCUCAACUCGUUCACUCAGGGAAUCCUGCCCAUCGCCUUCUCCAGGCAGACCUCGCAGAACUACUGCUCUCUGGAGCAGCCGGGCCAGGGGGCCAGCACCAGCGCCUUGGAACAGCUGCAGAGGUCCCGACGUCGCCUCAUUUCCCAGAGAUCAUCCUUGGAAACCCUGGAAGAUAUUGAGGAGAAUGCCCCUCUACGGAGAUGUCGAACUCUCUCAGGUUCGCCCAGACCAAAGAACUUUAAGAAGAUUCAUUUUAUCAAGAACAUGCGGCAGCACGAUACCAGGAAUGGCAGAAUAGUCCUUAUCAGUGGCAGAAGAUCCUUCUGUAGUAUAUUUUCAGUGCUGCCCUAUCGUGACAGUGCCCAAGCAGGGGAUUUGAAGUUGGAUGGAGGGAAACAGUCAACAGGUGCCGUGAGCUUGAAAGAGAUCAUUGGCCUUGAAGGCGUGGAGCUGGGAGCUGAUGGGAAGACUGUUUCUUACACCCAGUUUCUGUUACCCACAAAUGCCUUCGGAGCCCGGAGAAAUACCAUAGACUCCACCUCCUCCUUCUCCCAGUUCCGUAACCUGAGCCACCGCAGCCUCUCCAUAGGACGCGCAAGCAGCACCCAGGGGAGCCUCGACACAGGUAGUGACCUGGGAGACUUCACGGACUAUGACCCAAAUCUCCUGGAUGACCCCCAGUGGCCUUGUGGCAAGCACAAGCGAGUUCUGAUCUUUCCUUCAUACAUGACCACCGUCAUUGACUACGUGAAGCCCUCAGAUCUCAAGAAGGACAUGAAUGAGACCUUCAAGGAGAAAUUUCCUCACAUUAAACUAACACUCAGCAAAAUAAGGAGUCUAAAGCGAGAGAUGCGGAAGCUUGCCCAGGAGGACUGCGGCUUUGAGGAGCCCACGGUGGCCAUGGCCUUUGUCUAUUUUGAGAAGCUCGCCCUCAAGGGAAAGCUAAACAAACAGAACCGGAAGCUUUGUGCUGGGGCAUGUGUACUAUUAGCAGCCAAAAUCGGAAGUGACCUCAAAAAACACGAAGUCAAGCAUUUAAUUGACAAACUGGAAGAGAAGUUCCGGCUGAAUAGACGAGAACUGAUUGCCUUUGAAUUCCCAGUGUUAGUGGCCUUGGAGUUUGCUCUUCAUCUGCCGGAGCACGAGGUCAUGCCCCAUUACAGACGCCUGGUGCAGAGCUCCUAGCACAGGCCCUAAGAAGGGCCAGGGACCACUUCCUCUGAGCUUGCAGAACAGCACUUACUACUGGAAAUGCAAAAGUAGAACUCGACAUACCAGCCUUUUUUCCUCUCCACAUGUUUUCGUGUAGGGCAGUACCGGAAACUUUUCAGGGAGUCUUGGUCUGGCUAGCUGGGAUGACCCACGAGCAGUUUAUUACUCAGCAGGGGAAGGGGAGAACCGUGCAUAAGAUGGCACAGGGCCUUUCCCCUUUCCCCUGGCGACACUCUGCAGCUGUCCCCUCCCUGUUCUUCCCGGGCAUGCACAGACCUCGCCAGUGCGGUGCAGGGCCUUCUCUCCAGACCUGGUCCAACUCAGUGCAAAGUUCUAGAGCAGAGCGGGGAGGAGAAUUUGCAGCAGCUGGGGGAACGCUUUGAAAACAUACCCUCACUGUGUCAAAAGAGUGUGCCAAUCUGUUUUCGUAUCAGCUCUUGGAAAUGCACUUUCCCCCGGAGCGUGUGAGUGUGAGAAUGUGUGUGUCUGACAUAUCACGUCAGCCCUCGGCCCCCAAAGCCGGUCCCGCCCGCCAGAGAGCAGACCUCCACCUGGGGUCGUGAGCCAGGCUGACCUUCAGCAGUUAGUUCUAGAUCAGCUCUGGAUCGUAAUAACUCUCCGCUCCACACCAGAUUGUCUGGCAUCCCCUGCCCUUAGAAG